AUUGGUCUUUUCAAGAUUGAUAGUGAGAUGCGACGUAACUUUUGUCUUCUCAUUGUUUAAAUAUUUUUCAAGAUUUGGCAUUUUGUUGACCAAGAAAUGGUUCACUAUCAUCAGCAACCAACUAUAAAUCAAAUCCAAAAUCUAUAAUGAUCUGAUCUAACACAGCACCCACCUUGAACUACUGAGCUCUUAAUAGGCACCCACCCACCAAAAAAAUUUCAUCUCAUUUGUGAACUUAAAAGAUACCAACGUUUUACAAAACAUCAUUCACCAAAAUGGGUAAUAGCUUGGUAAGCAAGAAAACUGCGAAAAUCAUGAACAUCAAUGGCGAGAGUUUCAAGCUGAAAACGCCGGUGAAAGCUGGUACAGUGGUUAAAGAUUUUCCGGGCCAUAUUCUCUUGGAAUCCGAAGCAGUGAAGCGAUUUGGGAUCAGAGCAAAGCCCUUAGAGCCACACCAAAACUUGGAAUCCAAAAGGCUUUACUUCAUGGUGGAACUUCCAAGAACAUGGAAAGAGAGAACCCCAAGAAGGGUUCGGUCGGGAAUCCAGAUGAGUGCCAAGGAGAGACUAGAAAAUCUGAAGCUGUCUCGUAGAUCAUCAUCUGAUCUCUCGGUAAUGAAGAAGAAGACAGAGGAGGUUGAUGAUGAAGAGAGAGAAGUGAGUAGCGUGAAGUUGAAGUUACCAAAGUGGAAAAUUGAGAAACUGAGGAAAGAGAGUGAGAGUGGCUCUGAUUUCUCCAACAAGAUCACACAACUUUGUCUCCUUCACAUACCAAGUGGUUUGAUUCAUCAAAGACAACAACAUUUGCUUCGUAAUGGAGGAAGAAACUUUGGGAUUGAAGAAAAAGAAGAAGGUGCCAAAAUCACAUGAGAAGAGGUUGGAAUUCUUGAAAAGAGCAAAGCAGAAGACCUGUGAUUUCUAAUUUGUUUUCCUCUAUUUUAUUCUUAUUUUUAGUUUAGUUACAAAACACAAUUCUUAAGAGAGAUACAAAGCUUAUAAUGUUUCUUAUCCACUUAUCAUGUCUGUGGUUCUGUUACAUGACACUGCAACACAAUCAGUUUCUAUGUCAAAAAUCUGAAAAUAAGGAUGAAUUACAGAUAUUAAGACAAAAGAGAAGAGAUAUAAGCAAAAGGCAAAUCAUUAGUAUCUUUUUUCUUUCAAUUUGGGGGGCUUUAGUUUGGCCGAUAAUUACAAUAUACAAUUCUCUAGAACUCAGAGAAACCAACACACCAAAAAAAAAAAAAAAAA